AUGUCGGACGCACUGGGUUCCACUCCUGUCAGACAGGAACAGGAAUCUGAGACUACACUGGGCAAUGGCGCAGCCGAAACGGAGUUGAUCGAAGGAAAUCGAGCCGGGCUUUCGGCUUCAUCCGGAACCCUACCUCGCUUCCUUCAGGAGCCUGAUGAUGCUUACAUCGUCAAAAGCAAUCCAAUUAAGCUCCGGUGCCGAGCUAGACCCGCACUGCAGAUCUUCUUCAAGUGCAACGGGGAGUGGGUUCACCAGAACCAACACACAUCCCUGGAACACAUCGAUCUGGGAACAGGUCUGAAGAUUCGUGAAGUGAUGAUAAAUGUUUCUCGGCAGCAGGUGGAAGAUUUUCAUGGUCCAGAGGAUUACUGGUGUUUGUGUGUGGCCUGGAGUCACCUGGGCACAUCCAAGAGCCGCAAAGCCUCAGUCCGCAUCGCAUACCUAAGAAAAAACUUUGAGCAGGAGCCACAGGGGACAGAGGUGCCAAUUAAAGGCAUGAUCGUCCUCCACUGUCGUCCUCCAGAGGGAGUUCCUCAAGCUGAGGUGGAAUGGCUGAAGAACGAUGAACCAGUCAGCACACUCGUUGACACUAAUUUUGACACGCAAGCAAAUCGCAACCUGAUUAUUAAAGAAGCACGACUCUCAGACUCAGGAAAUUACACUUGUGUAGCCAGCAACAUUGUGGCUAGAAGACGUAGUGCCUCAGCUACUGUUAUUGUUUAUGUGAAUGGAGGGUGGUCAUCAUGGUCUGAAUGGUCAGACUGCAGUGUGCCGUGUGGCCGGGGUUUUGUGAAACGCACGCGCACAUGCACCAAUCCGGCGCCACUGAAUGGAGGAGCAUUCUGUGAAGGUAUUUCAAUACAGAAGAGCAGCUGCUCCUCACCCUGUCCAGUGGAUGGUGGCUGGUCCGGGUGGUCUCUCUGGUCUGUGUGCAGAUCAGAGUGUGAACGUUGGCGAGAUAGAGAGUGUGUAAACCCAGAGCCCAAACAUGGAGGGAAGGUGUGUGACGGAAGUGCGCUCGACACAGAGAACUGCACUGGCGAUCUGUGUACUCAAGAUAAAAAGCUCCUGCAUGAUUUGAAGGUUCCUCAAGCUGAGGCAGAGGUCAGCAGUGAUGUGGCGCUAUACUCAGGCCUGGGAGGAGGUGCAGUCGCUGUGGUGAUACUGAUCGUCAUCGUGACACUCUAUAGGCGGAGCCACAGUGAGUGCGGUGUUGACGCUAUCGACGCUUCUGUACUCACUGGAGGAUUCCAGUCCUUCAGCUUUAAGAGCAACACACAGGGUAACCCGUUACUGAUGAAUCCAGGUCGCUCCGUGUCAUAUUCGAGCCCCAUGUGUUUUCCUGACUCGGUGGAUAAAGAGCUCAUUUUCCACCCCUUACCUGACGUCAAGGUCAAAGUUCACAGCUCCUUCAUGAUGUCGUUGGGCGUGACUGAAGGAAUGAACCCUCGCUCAAAAGCUCCACACCUUACAUUUCCUCAUGAUGGUAUGAUCGAGGGCAGAAGCAGGAAGGCAGACUUUCCAGUAGCUCCGCCCACUAGCAUGCCAAUACUCAAGACCAGUGGGAACUUUGGGCACAAUGGAGGGAGACUUGUGCUGCCACACACAGGUGUGAGUUUGCUGAUUCCUCAUGGGGCAAUUCCCGAGGACACAAGCUGGGAAAUGUAUAUGAGCAUCAAUCAGGAAAUCACUUGCGUUCUCUCUGAUGAUGAGGUUCUUUUGGGUCCAGAGGUCUCAUUUGGUCCACCAGGUGUAAUCGUGUCAUGUCCCGUCGCCAUGACGAUAUCACACUGUGCCGAUGUCUCAGAGGACUGGAGUGUACGACUUAAGAGACAAACACAUGGAGACAACUGGGAGGAUGUGACGUGGACGAAAGAGGACAGCUCUCCGUGUUACUGCGUGCUGGAGUCACAGCGCUGCUUUGUGCUUGUGGAUCAGCCGGGCCGCUACGCCCUGGUCGGAAUGCCGAUCGGCGAAUCUGCAGCGAAAAGACUUCGUAUUGCGGUGUUCGGAAGCUCAGAGGGCGAUGUUUACACGCUCCGCGUUUACUGCAUGGAUGACACACCACAUGUCUUCCAGGAGGCGUUGUGGUCGGAGCACGCUCAGUGCGGUCGUCUCCUGGGAGAGCCGAGCACUCUGUUCUUCAGUAGGAGUUCCUCGAACCUGCAGAUCUCCAUCCAGGAUGUUUCACCACACUUCCUUUGGAACAUCAAACCCUUUGCCACCUGCCAGGAGUUCUCUUUCACUCGGGUCUGGUGCAGUACUGCAUCUCCUUUGCAUUGUGCCUUCUCUCUGCAGUGCCACAACCCAGCGGCCAAUCAGCUCUCGUGUAAGAUCAGCGUGCGGCAGAUCAAAGGUCAUGCGCAAAUCCUGCAGAUCUGUACCACUGUUUCCGAGAGCCAAAAGGAGGUGCCAUUUUUCUCAAAGUCAGAUUCUACCGUUUCCUCUCAGAAGGGGGAAAAAGCUUUUAAAAUCCCCCUCUCCAUACGGCAAAGGAUCUGUGCCACCUUCGACACAGCCAAUGCCAAAGGCAAAGACUGGCAGCUCCUAGCUCAGAAACUGCACAUAAACAGGAAUCUGGGUUACUUUGCACGGCAAUCAAGUCCCUCAGCGGCGAUUCUGUGCUUGUGGGAAGUUCAACAUCAGGAACGUGGAGAUCUGGACUCUCUGGCCAGUGCCUUGGAGGAAAUCGGACGUGUCCAGGGCAAACAGUCUGGAAUUAUAUGUAAUCAGGACCACCCCAAACAGCAGAGCGUCAUGGGUAACAUGGACGAAACCAAACACCCAGCCAAUUCCCUCACCUUCAACUAUUCAAAAAACUCAUCUAACAUCACUGUCAUGUUGGACAAGUCGGAAAAAGUGGAUGAUAUUCUUAUCAUGGACCAGUCAAGACACAAUACAGGGAAAACUCCAACGACUGACUCCACUAUUGGUCUUUACAACAAAGACUUAGACUCAGACCACACCUAGGAAAUGUUAUGCAGAAAACAAGCAGCCAAUAGCAACGUCUACUGAAGAAAAGGGUGGAGACCAGGAGUCGCUCUUCUCUCUGUUGGACUGUGGGGAAAAGAAAAGUGUUGAGAAAUUCAAGGUUAAGGAGAUAAAGCGACGCAGUGUUUGUGUUUGUCUGUGUGCGUGAGAGCGAGAGACACACACAGGUGAAAAGGUUAAGUAACUUUUCACACUGGACUUAUAGGUCUGGACGAUACAGGAGCCUGAAUUGUGGCAAAGAAAUUACUCAAUAAAUCAGAACUGGAAUUGUUGAGGACCCCUAAAAGGGGUGGAGUCAGACUUUUGAACUCCUGCCCCCUUUCACAUCCAUCUCUGACACCCCCUAGUGGCUUGCGAAAUAUCGCCACACCAUCGUUCCAAAUAUUUGAAACCGUCUUGUUUUACUUUUUUGCUCUUUCUUUCAUUCACAAUUGAGACAGAAACAGCAGAUGAAAUGGAUGGGGAGAUGGACAGAUAAGACAAGCGGACAGAGCAUUAUAACAUGCACUCACAUACAUUCCUAUAUAGUAAGCAGGAAGUUUAACCUGCUAUGAUGUCUGAAGAUGGGCACGCACUAGAGUAUGGACUUUAUAUAUGGAGUAUUAUGGAGAGACAGAGAAAUGGCAGUAUGUGAAAUUAAGAGAUUUUUUUUUAUUAAGAGAUUAAUAAAAACAGAAGAGAGAAUAAAAAGAAGAAAAUGUCCUAUGCCGUUAAAAAAAAAAGGAGUUGUGAUAUGAGACUACAUCGAAAUCAUGCAUUCGCACACUUUAUGUCUGUUAAAACUAGUAGAUGGUCAGAUGUUCCUGAUUGGCAGGUCAGCUAGGACCUGUAGUACUUUAUGCCAGUGGUGUAAAGAUGUGUGUGUUGUGGUGCAAAGGGUAGAUGUUUUUGGAUCAGUGUUAUUUCUGCAUACCCAGGUCUCUUAAUUUCUGAAACAAAAAUGCACAAACCAGUAUGGAGGACCACAGUAAAGAAAUAAAUUACUAUGAUAAAUAGAAAAUCUUGAAAAUGACCUGAUCCUUUGUUAAAUUUCUCAUACAGAGAAAUUAUACAUAUAUAACACAGAUUCACAAAGGCUUCAGAUUUAUUCAGGAAGAAGCUACUGAAUGUGGCAUAACCAAACUGUAUAAAAUAUUCCUGACUUAAAUAAGAAUGAUAUUUUUUUUGCCAAAUCAAUAACAAUAACAAUUUUUAAAUUAUAAUACUUACAUUUGUUGAGUAAUAUCUAAUAAAAGUUUACCAGUUAUUUGUUUAUUUUUCCCAGAUAUGCAGUACCACUACAGCCCACUGUGGGGCUCCAAAAUCUUUGUUGCUGAUUGCUGUACACUAUUAUAAGGCAAAAAAA